UCUUGUUAUUGUUUAGGUGGAGCGAAAGCAAAAAUAUUAUUUUAAUACCUAGUUUAAAACACAAAAUAGAGUUACCGUAUUCGUUUAGAUAGAUAGAAACCAAUAAAAUGCCGUCAAUGAAAGUGGAAGGUGACAGCGAUGGCGAUGGCGAUUUAUCUGGGGGUGACACAGAAAGGUCUGGUGGGUCUUCCCGCGGGCCAGACAGAGACUCCAGCGCUGAAGAAGCAGACGAACCUGAUUCUGAUGAUUCCUCAGAAAUGGAUGAGAGUGAAUGCGAGAGGCGUCGCAACGAAUGCCUCGAUAACUUAGCGAACUUGGAGCAUCAGUUCACAGUGCUACGGGAACAGCUGUUCAACGAGCGGAUCAAAGAUGUGGAAUAUCAGCUCGCGGAGGUGCGGGGUGGAAGGUCUCCGGAGUAUUUGGGUCCUUUGAGACGGUUGCAAGAGAAUAUGAGAAUAAGAAUCGAAGUGGCCGGCAUCUUGAAGCAGAUGCGUAUAGAUAAUAUAAAACACAAAUACGAGGCAGAAGAUCAGGCAGCACAUCAACACUUUCAGAGCGAAAAGUGGCUAGCCUACGAGAUGAUAAAAGAGGAAAUCCUAGAGAAGAUACGCAAGAUCGAAGAGGAAAGGCACACGGUGGACCUGUGGUCGUGCGGGGCAGAGUGGGGCAGGAAACGGAGGAAGAGGCAGGUCACAGUCUCCCCUCCGUAUGUGGUGUACAUGCUACCUGACGCAGAUAUCAUGGAGGACUGGCGGCUUGUCAGGAAACUAUUGGAACGGGCUGAUUAGUUUAUAGUCAAUAAAGAUUUUGUGUAAUAUGUUGUUUUAUUUUGAGAGGUUGUGUGGUUGUUUUUUCGUAACUUAAGUAUAAAUAAUUUGGAUAGAAAUAAAGAAUUAUUUGUGUA